UUUUUCUCCUCUCUUGCCCCCAUCCCUCCUGGUGUUCUUCCUCAUCCCAUCUCCUCAUCGUCAUCCUCGUCGUUCACGACAAUCCCUUCCCUCCUAUUCCUCUUCCCCCACUCCUUUUUUUUCCUUUUCACAGUCACUCUCUUGAAAUAAUUCAACCAUCUCAGCUUCUGAAUCCCGUCACUCCUUUCCGGGUAUUCUCAUUACGUUCCUUCCCGUCUGGUUGAAUUACACACAUUCGUUCUUCGCGAACCAAACGACACUAUUCACACAAAAAUCUCACCUCCUGUUCCCCCUUGUUGGAUCAGAGACCACGCUCCUUAGCAUCUUUUGCCUCACAGCUCAUUCUAUACCUUCCCUUAGCUUUCACAGCACCAUACCUGUUACCACCCAAUUACACCUAGUACCGCAUCUGCGCGUUUCCGUGAACCAAACGAUCCUCGACAUCCCGAUCACCUCCUGGACGCGACUAAUACCGAGACUCCCUCACCUCGCAAACAUCCGCCCACCCUGAUUUGAUCAACCACAUCGCACCACAUCACAAGCGAUAAACUUCACCGACUUCAUUCAAACCAAACGAAGGAAUUUCGAGAAGGAAAAAAAAAGACAUGGCUACCGAGGUCGAACACCCCGUGGGCCUCGUCCAGCAAGCCUCGACACCCGGCUCAUCAACCCCUCAGGAUGUCUCUCCCACAUCCGCCCACAAGAUGGACCAGACUCCCUCCCCCUCCACCUCCACCCACAAUGGACAGCCUCCCUCUUCGCAAUCAAGGCGCCCGCCGCGCAAGAGCACCCUGACCCAACAGCAGAAGAACCAGAAGAGACAGCGCGCGACUCAGGACCAGUUGACGACUCUGGAGGUGGAAUUCAACAAGAACCCAACCCCCACUGCCACCGUUCGUGAGCGGAUAGCAGAAGAGAUCAACAUGACCGAAAGGUCUGUUCAGAUCUGGUUCCAGAACAGACGCGCCAAGAUCAAGCUUUUGGCCAAGAAGAGCCUCGAGACCGGCGAAGACAUCGAUUCCAUCCCCGAAUCCAUGCGAGCAUACCUCGCUAUGCAGGCGAUGGAGUCCGGCAAGGGUCUCGGCGGCCCCUUCCUUGGCCGUACCGGCCUUCUCCCCUACGGCCACAAUAACAUGCUUCUCGGCGGUGACCAGAACGGCCAGGGCAAAGUUUUGAUCCAUCAUCUCACCUGCCGCUCUCUGAGCAUCGGCAAGUGGACUCGCGUGGGACAGAACACGAUGGAUCUCAUCAUCUUCUACUCCCCUGACAAGUGCACUAUGACCUACUACAUCAACAACGAGCAGGCCGGCUACAAGAUCGAGUACCCCUUUGCUUACAUCAAGAACAUCUUCCUCGAGAACCAGGAGGGUGACCCCAACAAGCCUGGUGGCAUCGUCAUCGAGCUGAACCGGGCUCCCAACUUCUUCAUGGACUCCUCCCCUCAAGCCAGCGGAUUCUUCCAGUGUGGCGACUUCACCGAGGACCAGCAGGCCUCGCACUGCUUGGUUCACCACCUCGGUGGCAACCCCAAGGUUCUCAGCGGCCAGUUGGCCAAGCUUGUCUCCUUGGAGGCCUUCAUGAACCGCAACAACCCGCACCCCUUCAUCGACCAGCAGCACGCCCUGUCCAUGUCCGCUCCUGUGUCGCCCAGCCGCCCUUCAUCCCAGCCCAACUUUGCCCAGCCGCACGUUGGCAUGUUCCAGGAGUCUUGGGGCAUCAACCACAUGCACCCCGGCAUGCGCGGACCUGGUCACAAGAGACAGCGCAGUCGCUCCGUGCCCAUGGCUGUCGAUUUCUCGAUGCUCCAAACUCCCAUGCCCUCCUUCUACAUCCAGCAGCCGGGUGAAAUGGCCGCUCCUCAGACGCCUGGUCCCAACAUCUACGCACCGAUUCCCCAGGCGCCCGGUGGACUCGGCCCCAACUUGAGAAUCGACACCCAAGCCGGAUUCGGUCUGGAUAUGCGCCAGUACCCGAUGUCUGCUACCACCGCCUCCCCUUCCGAGUUCCCGACGAGCCCCAACUUCUUCUCCCAGGGCCCUGAGCCGAGCCCUCUCCCGGCCGCUUCCAGCUACAACACGCCGUACGGCAGUGCCUUCCUUUCUCCCAUGGCACACCCGUCACCGAGCAUGAUCCCGCCCUCCGUGUCUCCCCUGUCAUUCGGCAGCCACCACGGAGAGCCGUCCAUCGUUGAGCAGUCGCCUCCGCUCUCCAUGCUCGGUAGAUCUGCGUCCGCCGAUAUCUACCAGCAGGGCGACAAUGGAUCAUGUGCCGUAUCUGAUGAUGGUACCGGCCUGAACGAGAUGUACUCCAAGCACACCAUCAACCUGCCGAUGCACCCUCACUCACCUGCUUAUGGUGAGCAAGGCCACAACGACCUCGACAUGAACCAACUGGUCCAGUUUGACCACGUUGACCCCAACUCAAUGUCUCCCGAGUCCAUGCACCAAACACCCCACUGAUUCCUGACAUCGGUCUGCCGCACUGAACAAGUCGGGAAGAAUCCGGAGUUCCUUUCACUAGGACAUGGCGUACAUACAAACUUGGGAAGGCGUGCUCUCUCAAAUGGUUUAUUCGGGAGAGAGGAGUUGCUUGCCUUGGUCAUUCACAGCUGGCGUUUUAGGCGCUUGACAUAUACCAGAUGGGGUUGCGCUUGGUCUACUUUCAACACCGAUGACUAUGAUGUGUGAUUCAGUUGUUACUACCACAUCAUCCAUCGGCCACGACGACUCUGCAUGACGAUACCUCUAUUCGGAAUCUCGAUCAUGCAUGUCCGGCACAGGCGAUCGUACCUUUGCACUUUUUGGAUUUACUUCACCCUUCGAGUCAUUUAUUGUCGCGAACAAAGAAACCGGCUUCUGGUACGAAGGUGUGGGCAUUUCAUCAUGCCCACAAUCCAUCACCAAACCUAGUCCUUCAGCCACGCCUACCUCGCGGAGACGAUGGCGUGGCCCCUAAUAUCCUUCCCUUCUCUCUUGGUUGGCUUGCGCUGCACAUCGCUGUCUCGUUGAUUUUUAUUUCGUCUGUCAUUGUUCAUGAAUCUCAGAUGUCCUGGCUGCGGGUUUUGGAGGAUGAAAAUGGGGAAAAGCCCAGGUGGCUUGGGAUUUUCCUGGUUCGUAAUCAGUCACACACACACACAACACACAUUUUUUUAUUGAGGAUAUACAACUCUCUCAAGACACACAUUACUUGUUUACCUAUAUUGUUGGGUAUUUUCUUGGUUUGAUGGGUCGUGGGAGCAGGGGCUUUGUGGCUUUUGUUGUUGAAUGCCGGCACCAAAGGAGGUGGUAAUGGGAAGCUGCCUCCGGUGGCCGAGCAGCGAAGAGGCUUGGCCGGCUGCUGUUCGAAAGAGAAGCGGCCAGCUUGUAAGCACUGACGAUAGAGUUGAGAGACAGAUGGGCAUUGAAUCCCUGUUUUCCCACUUUCACAUUCGGUCCCCUAAUUGUGAUGUGACUUUCAACGAUUCCCAAGUGAUCAGCCCCUUGAGGCUCUCCGGUGAUGUAUCAUGGCUACGACUGCUACGGUGAACCAAUGCAACUUGCGAGACCCCACAGGCCCUGCUAGCAGAGAGGUAAGGCUUGACCAGAACCGACGCAGCCGUCUUCGAUUUCAGGUCCGACGCCCCGCCGACUAUGCCCAUGGAGCUUGGACGUAUGCAAUUCCAUCUGAUGUGUCUCCUAUGAGUUUGUGCGGGUAAGGCUGAAGAGAAUCCGAUCUGCCUUGAAUGCCCGGGGUUGGGGAGGGGCUUGUCGCAGCCGCGUGCUCUGUUACGCAGCAAGGCAGGCUUGGACAUGUUACGUGAGGUUGCGUUUCGCUGAGUCUUAUGCUCUGCCCCAAUAGCAGAGAUACAGCGUAUUACUGUAUACGGUAUUUACGAGAGUGUGCGCCGGAGGAGGAUCAACGUGUAAGACAAAAGGCAGCGUGAGGUCUCGACUGGUCGGCUGGUCGGCUGAUGUUUGGUUGCCCAACUGCCUAGCUUGUGUGCUUGCCCAUCCCUUUUAGCCUAGUUCAGAGGAGGACGUUGGCGCGCGAGCCCGGCUGGUCCAGAGAGGCGGGGAUGGAUGGGUGGGUUGCUUGGAGUGCAUCUGGUCAGCGAGGCGGCGGCCCGCUAACACGAGGUUCUUUGGGGGGCUUGAGGGACGCUCUGUGCACCCUAAAUAACGUAAGGUAAGCCGGAGAUCUGUCCAUCAUUGACUGUCUGUUCCGUUCAAUCGAUCAAUCGUAGCACGAGAUGUAAUGCCUUUCUCUCUUCUUUUGAGUCGUGUUUGAUUUGCGGCUCCGAGAAGGCGGAUCGGACGGGGACGAUACAAAGGCAUUGUGGACUCGGACGAUUGUGCUUUGGGUGUGG